UUGUAGUAUUUUGUAGCUUAAACAUGAAUAUCAUAGAAAAGAACAGAGAAAUUAUGCACUCGCGCCUGUCAAAGCGAGAACAAUUACGUCAGAAACACAUGGAAGAGACACAUAAGCAACGAGAAGAGGAAUUUGUGAAAAGUGAGGGAUUGGAUUAUUUCUGUAAUGUGUUUUCACAAAAAAAGCAAGAAAUAAAUCAAUUGCUAGAGGAAACUUCCUCUAAGCCUAUAAAUGAGUUACCUGUUCAUUUUAAUGUCAUUAGGAAGCUUUUGCAAGAAGUACAACAAUAUGUAACCGAUUCCACACUAUUUUUAACAGAAUUCAAAAUUCGUAAUUGUCAAGAAAUUAUUUCAUCUCUACAGAAUGUUUUAUGUGAUCAAGAAAUCAAGUAUAUUCCAAAGCGGAAAUUUGGGUUCAAAAAUAAAAAGCUCUUAUUAAAUGAUAAAAUUAUUGGGAAGGACUUGGAUACAAAAAGUAAAGAUAUGACAGAUUUAUGUCUCAAUAAGUGUAAUGAUUGGAAUUUAUCACAAUGUGGAUUUCAUUUAAAGGAGAAUGAAAUUUUAUAUCUUUAUGCUGAACAGGUUAAUAAAAAGGAUAUUACGUUAAGUAGCAUAUAUAAAUGCACUGUAAUAAUUACUGGCUAUCCUAAUACUCUUCACAUGUCAAACAUUCAAGACAGCACUGUGAUUUGUGGUCCUGUAACUACAUCAAUAUUUGCUGAUAAAUGCAUUAAUAGUAAGUUAGUCAUUGCUUGCCAGCAAUUGAGACUACAUUCUUCUAAAAACGUAGACGUAUAUUUGCAUGUUACAAGCAGGGCAAUUUUAGAAGAUAGUACCAAUAUAAGAUUUGCUCCAUAUAAUUACAUUUAUGCUGGAAUUGAUUCUGACUUUCAAUGUGCUGCUUUACAAAGAGAUGUAAAUAAUUGGAGUGAUGUAGGGGAUUUUAAUUGGCUCUCCAAUGAGCCCUCUCCAAAUUGGUCCAUAAUGGAAGAAAAUGCAAGAAUUAAACAAUGGAAUGUUUUAUAA